AAAACCACAACCGAUAGGGCGGUAAACAAUCAGGGCACUAACGGUAGAGCGGUUCACAGCCAGAUAUUCUAGCGAUGACAAACAGCGAUUCAAGAAAGCUGACAAGUUGAAGAAGCUAGAAGCAUGGAAGAAGAAACAAGCUGAGCGUAAAAGGCUAAAGGAACUAGAGAAGAAGCAAGACUCACCAAAUGUCGAUAAUGCACUGCCGAAGAAAACUACGCUGGCUCUUGCGCAGUUCUCAAAGGGCUCUAAGCUGGUGAAGAAGAGAUCUUCUGGCAUCAGUGCCAAUGUAUUUGGUGAUGGCGAUGAUGGCGAAGACACUGGUAGGAAGAGACCACGGUUCAUCCCUACAAACGAUGAAGAUGAAGAGCAAGAAGAUGGUGAUAUCGACGAUUUGGUUGAUAAAGGACAUGAGGAUCCACUUGAAGCGUUCAUGAACAGUUUGAGUGGAGACUCUACAAACGUGCCUAGCGAGCGGAAUUCUGAACUAAUCGAUGACGAAGAUGGUACUGCAUCUACAAAUAUGGAUGCCGUUGAUGGGAAUGAAGAAGCUACAAAGCUAUUGAAAAAGUUGAAGACAAAGAAAACGAGGGAUAUACAGACGUACAAGUUCAAUUUGAAAGAACUCGAACCUUUGAGGAAGAAUUUCUUUGUCAAUACCAAUCCAAUAGAUCCUGAUGAGGCUAUCAACUUUCAAGUGAUGAAUAACAUAUUCAUCAAUAACAAGUCCAUAACUCCUGUGAUGAACUUCUAUCACAUGGGCCUAGAUGCUGAGACGAUAUCAGUGAUAACAGAACAUUUCCGGUUCAAACUUCCAACCCCAAUUCAGUCGCAGACGAUACCGGCUAUAAUGACAGGAAAUGACGUUAUAGGUAUUGGAAAGACUGGUUCAGGCAAAACUAUGUGCUACUUACUUGGAAUGCUAAAACAUAUCAAACAACAGAGACCACUUUCGAAGGGCGAGACUGGGCCUAUGGGAGUAAUCCUAUCCCCAACGAGAGAACUGGCAAUUCAAAUCCAUGAAACCUGUUGUGAAUUUCUCAAAGUGAACUCGAUGAAUGCUAUAUGCUGCACAGGUGGGUCGGAAUUACAGAAACAAAUCAAUGACCUUAAAAGGGGGGUUGAGGUAAUAAUUGCCACACCCGGAAGAUUUAUUGACCUUCUUACUUUGAACAAUGGUAAACUUUUGAAAACUGAUAGAAUAUCUUUCGUGACGUUAGAUGAAGCAGAUCGUUUGUUUGAUUUGGGAUUCGAACCACAGAUCAAUCAAAUUAUGAAGACUAUAAGACCAGACAAACAGUGUGUUCUUUUUUCUGCAACUUUCCCUUCAAAGUUACAGGCGUUUGCCGUCAAGAUACUUCAUAAGCCUGUUAUUAUAGCUGUGGGAAAUAAGCAAGUUGUGAAUGAAAAUAUCACACAGAUGGCAAAAGUCAUUGAUAAAGAAUCGGAUAAGUUCAACUACCUUCUGAAUAUCCUGGGUAAACAACCGGAACACUCAAAAACUAUUAUCUUUUGUGAAUCACAACUCCAGGUUGAUUUUAUGAAUAGAAGACUGUUGGGGAGUGGCCACUCACCUAUUCAGAUUCAUGCAGGUUUAUCAUCUAAUGAGAGGGCUCAGAAUUUGCAAAAAUUUAAGAAAGAUCCGAAUGCCAACAUUCUCAUAUGUACGGAGGUUCUUUCACGUGGGUUGGAUGUUCCGGAAGUCUCUUUGGUGAUUUUGUAUAAUGCAGCGAGGUCAUUUGCACAGUAUGUUCAUUCUACAGGAAGAACUGCGAGAGGGAACACCAAGGGUUCCGCAAUUUCUUUAAUAUCUUCACAGGAGGACUUGCAAGCAUAUAUCCUCUACAAAUGUAUGAAGCAGGAUGAAUUACCAGAUGAUGUGAAAGCGAUUGCGUUGAAAUUUGCUAAAGAUUUAGAUAGUGGUAAGAAGAAGAUCAGUGCCGGGUAUGGUGGUAAAGGGUUAGACAAUUUGGAUAAGCUUCGUGAUGAAACAGAACAAAAGGCCAAGCUGAAACUUGGCGAAACUGAAACAACGACAACUAAUGAAACAGAUCACGAAGAUGAAGACGAGGAAGAGGUCAAAGACCCUAACCUGGACAUUGUCUACAACAUACAGACAGAUUCAGUUGAUAAAGGUGAUUUCAACGCCAAGAUCAACAUUAAUGAUUUGCCACAGGACAUCAGGUGGAUCGCCUCCAACAAUGCCACGUUGACCAAGAUUAUUGAACAGACAUCUGUCUCUGUUACCUAUAAAGGUCGCUUCUAUCCUGAGGGUAAAGAACCAGAAGCAGGCGAAGAGCCAAAGCUGUACUUGUUGGUUGAGGCCACCAGGGAACAACAGCUGUUCGAUGCCAUUGAUCUUUUCAAGUCAAUUGUGGUUAGUGGGCUAAAGAAGGCUACGCAGGACAGAUCAGGUAAGUUUAGCAUGUGAAUAUCACGAUCUAUACACAUCCUUAAUCGUAUACAAGAGGCGUAGUUUUCUUAUCAGCUGCAUCCGCCUGUUCUUUCAAAAAGGUUGAAUGCGUCUUCUUUCUCUCUUCCUCAAGUUUCUUCCCCAAGGCUCCUUGUUUAGUCAUCUGCUGCUCAUAUCGCACUUCAGCUGCCUUUCUAGCGGCCUCACGGGGGUCCUCAUCUUGAUUCGAUGUAUUUGUAGCUUCUGAUAAUUUCUUCCCUUGAGGUGCGAACUUGGAGGUAGAACCCACGGUGUGCACCUUCUGUGGCUUUGUAACAGAUGGCUUGCUAGUAUUCGCCACCUUUUGUGUCCUCUUAUUGGUCGUUUG